AUGGAGGGAAUUCUUGUUGGAUCACAUCAUAUUAGACAGGAUAGUACUGCAAAUAACAUUCAACAAAUAAAAAUAACGCUCGAAAACCUAACCAAAAAAUUUGACACCCUAGACAGAAACAUGAAUCACAACACCGCCGAAGUCGUUAAUAUGAGGGCUGUGGUGACAUCUUGCGAACAGGCUGCCAAUUUCUGUUCUGACAAAGUAGACGAGCUGACCCGGAUGGUAACGGAGCUAACGAGAAGCAAUCGAGAAAUGGAAGCCACAUUGCAGCAAGGUAACCUCACGAACGUAGUCCACAAUAUAGCAAAAACCAUUAACGCCAAUUUCAAACACGGAGACAUUGUAGAUAUCUUCAGGGCAAAGGCAAAACCAAACAAAAAGCAGCCUAUCAUAGUCAGGAUGAACAACAAUGAAAACCGCAACAUCUGGCUAGAAAAGCGAAGGACACUAAUUCAGACAAAUCAUAAUAUAGAAGGCAUACCAAAAACGACCAAAAUAUACAUAAAUGAAGCUCUAACAAUCGCAAAUAAAUCUCUCCUGUAUCACACAAAAUCUUUCGCGCACGAAAAUAAUUAUAAAUUUGUGUGGGUGAAAGACGGUAAAAUCUUUCUUAGGGAAACAGAAGAAAGUAGAAUUAUUAGGAUUGACUCAUUGACUCUACUCCAAAAACAACGAUCGAUAAAUGCAGUAUCAUCGGAAACAUAA